AGCAUUAGAGUGUUUGCAGCACGUCAAACCCCAGUAAAGUUGUUUAGAGUGUUGAGGCAACACAUCUCCUUUCUAUGGCGGGGACACUGCGGCUCUCAUGGCUAUUCUUCAUACUCAUUUUCCUUCUGGUGGGACUGCAAGGAGAGCCAAGGGACACAGCACAAAGACGAAACAAGAGGAACGUCAGCAACGACCAGCCUCGUAUGCUGUCAGAUAACGGUCACCUUGUCUUCACAACUGGUGACAAUAAAGAGAUCCGCUUCCAGACGUCAGCAUCAGGCCGGGUUAAAGUGGAUAAUGAAGACCUCACCCAACUUUUGAGUCAGAUCAAAACCAACAAAGAAGACAUUGAUGACAUUAAGUCUCAUGGAGGUGGAGUUCCCCCUGAUAUCACCAGCAAACUAAACCAGCUGGAUACCAGGGUGUCAACACUUGAGAAUAAAGUGACUGCACUUGAAUUGACAGUCCAGAAGGUGUCUUGCAGCAGUAACCCCUGUCAGAAUGGAGGAACAUGUCUGAACUUACUCAACUCAUAUCACUGUGUGUGUCCCAGCAACUGGGCUGGUCCUAACUGUGCAACCGAUGUGAAUGAAUGUCAGGUGUAUUCGGGAACAUUUCAGGGUUGUCAGAAUGGAGCAACCUGUGUCAACACCGCUGGAUCAUUCACUUGUAACUGUUCUCCAGAAUGGUCCGGGAGUCUCUGUACUGUGCGUUAUGACGACUGCAGGAAUGUAGGACAGGACCUGUGUGUACAUGGCACAUGUAUUGAUGCAGACCGGGUUAUACCUGGACAGCCUAAAUACCAGUGCAUCUGUGAGAGUGGCUGGGAGGCUCCAGCUGGGAACUCGGCCUGUGUGGCUGAUGUUAAUGAGUGUAACCUACCUAACAAACCUUGUUCCACCAACCCUGCUGUUCCCUGCUACAACACUCAAGGUUCCUUCUACUGUGGAGCCUGUCCUGCUGGUUGGCAAGGCAAUGGCUACAGCUGUCAGGAUGUGGAUGAAUGUUCGACCAAUAAUGGCGGCUGCUCCACCACUCCCAUGGUGCAAUGCCUGAACACCAUGGGCUCUUUCCACUGUGGUCCCUGCCCUCCAGGUUAUGAGGGGAAUGGGAGAACAUGUACCCAGACCAAUAUCUGUGCUACCAACAAUGGAGGCUGCUACCCAUUAGCUACUUGCUCCUCCACCCCAGGUGCAAGCCUCCCUAUAUGUACCUGCCCUCCAGGCUAUGUAGGCAAUGGUUAUGGACCGACUGGUUGCACCCAGGCCAGCAACAUCUGUCAGACCAACAACCCCUGUGUCAAUGGACAGUGUGUGGCCACCACCUUGGCUCCUGGCUACAUCUGCAAUUGCAACUCUGGCUGGCAAGGAGUAAACUGUGACCAGAAUAUCAAUGAAUGCUUGAGCAACCCCUGUCAGAAUGGAGGAACCUGCACUGACGGCAUCAAUGGGUUCGCGUGUACAUGCACUGCCCAGUGGACUGGUCCACUCUGCCAGACCCCACAGCAAGAGUGUGGAGGUUACCUGACUGGCCCUGCUGGUUCCUUCAGUUAUCCCAACACCCCAAGUCAUGAUGAAUACGAUCACCAGGCCAGCUGUGCCUGGGUGAUCCGCAUUGACCCAAACAAGAUUCUGCAUAUUACCUUUCCCUUCUUUCAUCUGGAGAGCAGCACCAAUUGCAACUUCGACUUCCUUCAGAUUCAUGAUGGGGACAGCGCCUCUGCUUACAUGAUCGGAAAAUACUGUGGCCAAAAUAACCCGCAGGAACUCUACAGCUCCCACAAUUCCCUGUAUUUCUGGUUUCGCUCCGACCACUCUGUCAGUGGUGGUGGCUUCACAGUUGCUUGGCAGUCUCAGGACCCAGUGUGUGGAGGCGAACUUACUGCCCCCUAUGGAAACAUUAACUCACCUGGUUACCCUGGAAACUACCCACCUAGCCGAGACUGCUACUGGACAGUGACAGUGGAGCCCAGCUUGCUCAUUACCUUUGCAUUCGGGACUCUCAGUCUGGAGCAUCACCCUGACUGCAACUAUGACUUCCUAGAGAUCCGGGAUGGUCUUCUACCUGAAGACCCAGUUCUGGGGAAAUACUGCAGUACUGCAUCACCUCCCCCCCUGCAGACCACUGGUCCAGCUGCAUGGGUUCACUUCCACUCUGACUUCAGUGUUUCUGACCGAGGCUUCCACAUUACAUACACAACAUCACCAAGUGACCCUGGUUGUGGUGGUACCUUCACUGACAGUGAGGGCAUCAUCAUCUCCCCCAACUGGCCCAACGAUUAUGCCCACAACCACCAGUGUAUCUAUUUGAUCAGGUUGCCAGUGGGUGAGAAGGUGACCCUCAACUUCACUCACAUGAACCUGGAGAGUCACAGCAGCUGCACGUUUGACUAUGUGGAGGUUCGUGAUGGCAGAAUGGAGACUGACCCUCUGAUAGGGAGGUACUGUGGGAGCUCCCUGCCAGCUCCCAUUCUCUCCUCCUCCAACUUCCUGUGGAUUCGCUUCAGGUCCGACAGCUCGGUCAGCCGGGCUGGUUUCAGGGCUGUCUACACCGUUGCUUGUGGAGGUACUUUGUCUGGGACUGGGCAGUUUCGUUCUCCCUACCACCCCAACGCCUAUCCCCACAACAAGGUCUGUGAGUGGGUCAUUAACCAGCCAGAGGGCUAUGUGGUCACCCUUGACUUCCUGUCAUUUGACGUUGAGGGAGGCUCCUGCCAUUUUGACUUUGUUGAGGUCAGGGAUGGCUCCACGUCUAGCUCUCCUCUGCUGGGGACAUUUUGUGGUGCUGAGAUUCCCCCCAGGCUUCAGUCCACUCAGAGAUCUAUGUACAUCCACUUCAAGACUGACUCCUCUGUCAGCAACCAUGGCUUUGAAGCGGCCUAUGGCUCUGCCUUGCAGGGCUGUGGUGAUACCCUGACCAGUCCUUCAGGCACCAUCACGAGCCCUGGCCACCCCAACAACUACCCCCAUGGGGCCAACUGUAUCUGGUACAUCAGUGUUAGCCCAGGCAACCUGGUUCGGCUGUUGUUUGAGUCCUUCAACCUGGAGUACCACGUUAACUGUAACUUUGAUUUCCUGGAGGUGUACGACAACGGCACUGUUCAGACCGGAACCAAGAUUGGCAGGUACUGUGGGCGUUCAGUGCCUCCAUCCAUCACCAGUACUGACAGCCUGCUGACCCUGCUGUUUGUGUCUGACUCGAGUUUAGUCUCCGAGGGAUUCUCUGCCAGCUAUGUCUCCUUAAAUGCCACCACAGACUGUGGUGAGACGUUCACCUCCCCUACAGGGUCUUUCAGUUCACCCAACUACCCUGACUACUACCCCACCUACAGAGACUGUAUCUUCAAGAUCACUGUGCAGGUCAACAUGCAGAUUAUGCUGAACUUCACCAGCUUUGAGCUGGAGGGAUCCCCUCCUUCUUGCAACUUUGACUUUGUGGAAAUCAGGGAUGGUGGCUAUGAGACAUCUCCCUUGAUUGGUAAGUUCUGUGCUGAUCAGAGGCCUCCAGUCCUGGUAUCCCAUAGCAACCGUCUUUGGGUUAGAUUCCACUCCGAUGCCACCGUCACACGUCGUGGAUUCACUGCCCACUGGGAUGGCACACAGACUGGCUGUGGAGGGAUGUUGACAACUGCAUCUGGGGAAUUUUCCUCCCCUAACUACCCCCUGCCCUACCACCCUAAUGCUGAGUGCUACUGGAACAUCAGGACCAGCCAGGGCAGCCAGCUCCUCCUCUCUUUCUCUGAUUUCCACCUGGAGUCCAGCUCCACCUGCUCGUAUGAUUACCUGGCUGUGUAUGAUGGUAACAGCAGCAGUGCUCUAGAGCUGGCCAAGCUGUGUGGCAGUCAGCUGCCCAGCACCAUCAGCUCUUCCAGCAAUCAGCUCUACAUCAAACUACGUACUGACAGCAGCAUCAGCACUGGAGGCUUCCUCGCAUCAUACACCUCCAAAUGCCAUAGCAUGCUGAUCUCAGGCCGACACAAGGGAGUGGUGGAGUCACUGAACUUUCCCAACAACUACCCAGACAACUCCCAGUGCAGCUGGACCAUCCAGGCCAGCAGUGGAAACACCGUCAACUACACCUUUACUGCCUUCCAGCUGGAGGCCAUCUUCAGCAGUUGUGACCAUGACUACAUCAAGCUCUAUAAUGGGCCUAACGCACAAGCUCCUCUGAUUGGUACAUUCUGUGGCUACACGCCCCCCCCAGCCAACAGCACCACAAGUUCAGCCCUCACCGUGGUGUUCGGAACCGACUCUUCUGUGUCCAUGUCUGGCUUCCAGAUGAUGUGGUACCAGAAUGGUUGUGGUGGGGAGUUUUCUGGACCCAGUGGCUCCUUCAACAGCCCAGACUACCCCAACAGGUAUCCAGAAAACAGGGAGUGUAUCUGGUAUAUCGUCACAUCAGCUGGCAGCAGCAUCACUCUCACUAUCCAUGAGUUUGAUGUGGAGUUCCACCAAGACUGCAACUAUGAUGUGCUGGAAGUGUAUGGAGGCCCAGACCUGUUGGCCCCUCAGCUGGCCAGGCUCUGCAGCACCACAUCCAGCCCAAUGCGUGUCUCCAGCACUGGCAACCUGCUCACAGUGCGCUUCAAGUCUGACGCCUAUGUCAGUGGUCGAGGUUUCAAUGCAAGCUGGGCUGAAGUCCAGGGAGGCUGUGGAGGCCCAGUCACAGCUCCAUCAGGGGAGAUCCAUUCUCCUCUGUAUCCUAGCAGCUAUCCCAACAAUGUGGACUGCUCCUGGGUCAUCAGUGUGGAUUCCAACCACCGUGUCUUCUUCAACUUCUCUGACGUGGACAUUGAACAUCAUAGCAGCUGCUCCUGGGACUACGUGGCUAUCCAUGAUGGUCCAACCAUAUCUUCUCCUCUGCUUGCCCAUGUGUGUGGCACCAGUCUUCCUCCCUCCAUCACCUCCACCCAGAACACCAUCUAUGUUCGCUUUAGGUCUGACUCCAGUCGCAGCCACCGUGGCUUCAGUGCUCGCUUCUCUGAGGCGUGUGGUGCAACCAUCAUAACAGACGAUGUUGGUGGGGCCAUUGCAUCGCCACGGUACCCAGCGCCAUACCCACCCAAUCAGAACUGUAGUUGGAUCAUUAGGGCACAGGAACCAUUCAACCAUGUGAGCCUGUCAUUCACUGACUUUGAGCUGGAGAUGAUCAACUCCAACUGCUCCCAUGAUGCUGUGAAGAUCCUGGAUGGAGACAACUACCAGGCGCCUUCUUUAGGGCGCUACUGUGGCUUUGAAAUCCCUCACCCAGUGACAUCCUUCAGUAACUCUUUGGUGGUCAACUUCAUCUCUGACCAGUCCGUCUCCAGAAAAGGGUUCAGAGCCACCUACUCAGCAUCCACCUCCAGCUGUGGAGGAGAGCUGGUGAUGGAGAGUGGUUCGUUUAACAGUCCCAACUAUCCAGAUGCUUAUCCGCCCAAUGUGGAGUGCGUGUGGACCAUCAGAAGCUCACCAGGGAACCGUCUCCAGCUUUCAUUUAUUAUCUUUAACCUGCAGGGAGACUCUGGCUGUCAAAAUGACUACCUGGAAAUCAGAGAGGGCAACUCCACUGGGCCUCUGGUUGGUCGCUUCUGUGGAAACUCGCUUCCCUCCAACUAUACCUCUGUGAUUGGUCACAUCUUGUGGGUUAAGUUUGUCUCAGAUGCAUCGAUUAGCGGAGCAGGAUUCAGAGCCACCUUCUCACACUUGUAUGGUAAUGAUGUGGUGGGGGAGUUUGGUCAGAUAGCGUCCCCACUGUAUCCCAGAACGUACCCCAAUAAUGCCCACUACCGCUGGACCAUAACUGUGGAGGGAGACAACUACAUCCAGAUUCGCUUCUUGGAUAUGGACAUUGAAGACCUGUAUGACUGCUACUAUGACCAGCUCAAAAUAUUUGAUGGCCCUGAUGUUCAUUACUACCCCAUUGGCUCAUUCUGUGGUCUGGCCCUGCCCCCUCCCCUAAGAAGUUCUGCAAGCACUGUCACCCUGCAGUUCCAGUCGGAUUCAGUGGUGGGAGGACGAGGCUUCCUCGUGGAAUGGACCGCUGUCCAGGACUCUGGACCACCACCCACUAUCACACCAGGUGCAUGUGGUGGAGUGCUAAUGACAGGGGAGACUCCUAGCUUCCUCUAUUCUCCUGGCUGGCCUGAAAACUACCCUCCUAACCAGGAGUGUACCUGGUUGAUACGUUCUCCAGACUCGACUGUAGAGUUUAACCUCUUGUCUCUGGACAUGGAGGACUACCCCACCUGCUACUUUGACAGCCUUGUCAUCAGAGAUGGUGCAGCCAGUCUAUCCCCCAUGCUGGCCAGUGUGUGUGGUCGAGAUCCUCCAGGUUCUCUCCACUCAACAGGAGACUCCAUGUUCAUCCACUUCUCCUCAGACAGCAGCGUUACUGGCCGAGGCUUUAAUGCCUCCUACUCCAGAGGUUGUGGUGGCCUCCUGCAUGUAGACAGGGGCGUGCUGAGCAGUCCCCGCUACCCCCAGAACUACCUGCCUGGUCUGAACUGUAACUGGCAUGUGAUGGUGACGCCUGGCUUCAGGGUUUCUGUCACCUUCCAGAGCCCCUUCCAGAUUCAAGGCUAUGGAACUGGAUGCAGCUCAGGAGACUACCUGGAGCUCAGGAAUGGUCCAGAUGGUUCAUCUCCACUACUGCGGGAACGUCUCUGUGGUUCAAGUUUGCCGUCCCUCCUCCAGACUACUGACAACCACCUCUUUAUUCACUUCGCAUCUGAUACCAGUAAUGAGGCCAGCGGCUUCAAGAUGACCUUUGAAGCCCACAGUCUGGCGUGUGGAGGCUUUAUUGAGCUGAAUGAUAAUGAUCCUCCAGGGUAUAUCACUUCACCCAACUAUCCUCAGAACUACCCCCAGAACAUUGACUGUAUCUGGGUCAUAACUGUGCCUAAUGGAGAAGCUGUCCAAAUUGACUUUGAGGAUGAAUUCUACAUUGAGCCCUCUGGCAGCUGUAUGUAUGACUAUUUGGAGCUGCGUGAUGGCUCGACUUCCAAUGCUGGCUCAAUUUCCCGGCUCUGUGGCAACACGCGACCAUCUACCCAACAUUCAACAGGCUCCUCCAUGCUGCUCAGGUUUCGUACUGACAACAGCGUCACACACAAAGGCUUCAAGGCAAAGUACUCCAUAGCAACAUGUGGAGGUACCUACAUAGGUCAGCGGGGUUCGAUCCACAGCCCUGGCUUCCCAGGAUCCAACUAUCCUGACAGCUCCAGCUGUGAGUGGUACCUGGAGGGGCCCACAGGGCACUUCCUCACCCUCAGCUAUGGGAACUUCAGCCUGCAGACAGCUUCAGGAUGCUCUGCUGACUAUGUGGAGAUCAGAGAGUACAAUGCCUCAGGGCGCCUACUGGGCCGACACUGUGGCAUUAACCUUCCGGCUUCCAUGGACACGUCAGACAGUUUUGCCUAUGUCAGGUUUGUCAGUGACACCAGCGGAAAUGCAGCUGGCUUCAGUCUGUCGUUUGAAGCCAGUGUUGAAGCCUGUGGAGGAGAGCUUAAUGCCCCCUCAGGAACUAUCUCAUCUCCCAAUUACCCCAACCUGUACCCACACAGCCGGGUGUGUCGCUGGGAGCUGGUGGUGUCACCAGGCCGCCGGGUCACACUUACCAUCAAUGACCUGCGGCUGGAAGAUUCUGGUUCUUUCUGUGCAUUUGACUACGUUGAUGUAUUGAAUGGGUUGGCGGUCGAUGCCCCUCACCUGCAGCGAUUCUGUGGUACGGUACCAGCAGGCACCCAGGUGCGCUCUUCCAGCAAUACCAUGACCGUUGUGUUCCAAACUGACGCUUCUGUGUCCAAUGGUGGCUUUAUGGCUUCUUACUCCUCUGAGGAGCCUGCAGAGUGUGGUGGAGUCCUGAACAACCCAGCUGGCGGGAACUUUACUUCCCCUGGGUACCUGGUGUCCAACUACAGCAACAACCUCAACUGUGAGUGGCUGAUCCAGAACCCACAGCACAUAAAUUCCUCUAUUGUGGUGCUGAUAGAAGACCUGCACCUGGAGAACCACCAGACCUGUGAGUCCGACUACCUUCAGUUCCGCUUAGGUGACUCAGAUGGGGAGCUGUUGGCCAAGUUUUGUGGUCAGACCAUUCCCAGAAUUCCCAUUGUGGUCUUUACCCCAGAGCUCUGGGUCCAUUUCCAGACUGACGCCACCCAGGGAGACCUGGGGUUCAAGGCCAAGUACUUGUUCUCCGUGUGUGGAGGCUGGCAGACGGGUGAGGGAGGAGUGUUAUCCAGUCCUAAUUACCCCAGCAUGUACCCCAGCCCCAGUCGCUGUGCUUGGCUGCUAGAGGCUCCAGUGGGCCACACUAUUACGCUAACCUUUAGCUUCUUCAACCUGGAGCCCCACUCUGAAUGUGGCUGGGACUCUAUCACCAUCUUUAAUGGAGGAUCCCCUGGCUCCCCUGUUAUUGGCCAGUACUGUGGGACCACCUCCCCAGGAACCAUCCAGUCAGGAUCCAACAAGCUUGCUGUAGUCUUCCUGGCUGACCAUAGUGUGUCCAGUGGAGGCUUUAUGGCCUCCUGGUCUGCUGAUUCCUCAGGCUGUGGAGGGGUGAUCCAUGCUGAUACAGGAACAAUCAAGUCCCCAAACUAUCCUCAGAACUUCCCAGCCAAUGCGGAGUGUUCCUGGCAGAUCAUUGCCCACGAGGGAAACCACCUGGAGAUGAGCUUCAACAGUGAUUUCCAGGUUCCAGACAGCACUGGGACCUGCCAGAGCAGCUACAUCAAGGUGUGGUCAGGGCACACCCAAAAUGCCGAGGCUCUGCUGUCGACAGGCUGUGGCUCGGUGGCCCCAGGCCCCAUCACUGCUCCAUACAACAUCAUCACAACCCGAUUCCAGAGCACUGAAGCCCCUGGCAGAGGUUUUUCAGCCUCCUUCAGCACCAGGUGCGGGGCAAACUUCACAGCUGCCAGCGGUCGUGUGGUUUCUCCAAAUUAUCCAGCCAACUACCCUGACUACUCCAACUGCAACUACACCAUCGAUGCUGGAGAACAGACUGUGGUCGUCCUCACCUUUCAGGUCUUCCAAGUAGAAGCACACUCCACCUGUCUGUAUGAUGGGCUGAAGAUCUACAGCCUGGCUGCUAGUGGCCCUGCUAUUGCCACUCUGUGUAGUACCAGCAUCCCAGGGCCCUUCUUCACCUUUGGCCCCAUGUUACUCCACUUCUACUCUGACUCUGUGAUCAGCGACAGUGGCUUCAUGGCAGAAUAUAGAGCCAUUCCAUGUGGUGGUUUCUUCAACAGCACUAUGGGUACAGUGAGCAGUCCGGCACUGUCCAUGACCAACUACCACCACAACAUCAACUGUACCUACCAUAUCAUGGUCCGAACAGACAGAGUGGUGGAUCUCAAGUUUAAUACCUUCCACCUGGAGGCGUCUUCUUCCUGUCGCUAUGACUACGUGGCAGUGUAUGAUGGACAGGACACCUUGGCGCCUUUGCUGGGGAGAUUCUGUGGUGCAGUGCUCCCACCCGAUCUGCGCUCCUCCACCAACCAGCUGUUCAUCGUCUUCAGGACAGAUGCCACAGUGAAUGGGAUUGGCUGGAGGGCUACUUACAGGGAGACGCUCGGUCCGGCACAGGGAUGUGGUGGCUACCUGUCCAUGCCCAUGGGCAUGUUUGGUUCUCCAGAUCCUAACCUGGAUGGGCGCUAUGAGCCCAGCAUGGACUGCCUGUGGACCAUUGAGAUGCCGGUCAACAGGGCUAUCAACCUGACCUUCAACUCCUUUGAGCUUGAGAGCUCCUCCACUUGCCACUACGACUAUGUCAAAGUGUAUGAUGGUGACACCAUUAACUUCCCUCUGGUUGGGACAUUUUGUGGAAACUCCAUCCCUUCUUAUUUUGUAUCAAGUGGAAACUUCCUGACUGUUCACUUUGUCACUGAUCACUCCGUACAGAGACGAGGCUUCAACGCUACCUACAGAGCGGUGCCAUUGGUUUGCGGCGGGACUCUGAAUGCCACAACCACCAUCCAGACCCUGACCUCACCCUCCUUCCCCAGUGCCUAUCCCCCUUACACCUCCUGCCGCUGGAUCCUGGAUGCUCCGGCCCAGGAAACUAUCCAAGUGUCAGUCCAGACCUUUGUUCUCCAGCCCAGCCAGAGCUGCUCCACAAACUACCUGGAGAUGAAGGACUGGCCUGUGGGAGACUAUGGGCAGUCACAUAGGUUCUGUGCAUCGGAUGCUCAUCCACUAGACUUCUACAGCUACGGCAGAACGAUCCUCAUGCACUUCAACUCUGACACCUUCCUGACAGGAAACGGCCUGAGUUUCACUUAUCAGAUCGCCAGCUGUAGCAGAACCUAUGAACAGGAAUAUGGCUACCUGAAGAGUCCGGGCUGGCCUGACACCUACCCCCACAACAUGGACUGCACCAUCAUCCUGAAGGCACCACAGAACAGCUACAUCUCCUUCUUCUUCAACACUUUCGAUGUGGAGAGCCACAGCAACUGUGAAUUUGACUACCUGGAGGUCCGUAAUGGCAGCACAGCGGACUCACCACUAGUUGAUCGGUUGUGUGGCAGCACCCUGCCUAGCCCCGUCUUCCCACAAUCCAACCUGCUCUACUUACGCUUCAAGAGUGACUUCUCAGACGCCCGAGAUGGCUUUGAGGCCACAUGGACAUCCUCCCCUCACGGUUGUGGUGGCAUUCUGUAUGGAGACCACGGCUCAUUCUCCAGUCCAAACUACCCAGGCACCUAUCCCAACGGUACCCACUGUGAAUGGGGCAUCAUGGCACCCAGAGGCCGUGUGGUGACCGUCACCUUUGCCCAGAUCAGUAUUGAUGACCCUGGAGAUUGCCAGAACAACUUCUUGAAGUUGUAUGAUGGCCCAGACACCUCCUCACUGCCUGUUGGACCAUACUGUGGAGUGGAGACGAACAUCGCUCCGUUCACAGCCUCCUCCCAUCAAGUCGCCAUCGUUUUCCAAGCCCAGUACGCCACCCUGCCCUCAGGGUUCAGACUCACCUGGAGCAGCUGAAACAAUGCCCUUCUACACACACACACACACACACACAGUCAGGUUUGAAAGGGAAACACCUGCUGUGCAUUUAUUUUUUAAUCAAACCAAUGUAAAUAAUCAAUCUGUACUGUCAUAAUAAAUACAUGAUUCAA